UUUCGGGGGAUCGAGACACCUCCCCUUUCUCGAAAGCUGAGCAGAUAUAAACAUCGCAAUACCGCACUCAAAGCUCCUUAACUAUUCCUCAUCAUGGCCGCUUGCGAUGACUGCUCUCGUCGCUUCCGCACUUCAGACGCUCUGGAAGACCACAAGCGCGAUACACGACACUGUUUCUGCCAUCGCUGCGACCGCCUUUUCCGAACCGUUCAGGGCCUCGAAGACCACCGUGACUCCCUUCACAACUACUGUUGCCCAGACUGUAAUAAACGGUUCGACUUCAACCCUGCCCUCGAACAACACCAGAGAUCGACAGGUCAUGCUUAUUGCGACAUUUGUGAAAAGUGUUUUGAACAUAAAGAUUCGGUGAAUAAUCACAGGCGGGCACUACAUAGCCCUGAUUGUAGAAACAGGACGACACCUAGCAGAUCUCGUAUUGUUGCGAAGGGUUGGGGCGACCGUCACAACUUUCAAGCCUCGUACGGAUUGCAGAUGACACCUGAAGACCUGGAGGAAGGGGAUGCCAUUUUGAAGGCGAUGCAGGAAGCGGAUCGCCAUUGGUAAAUUGCAUGGUAGCUGCUUACAAGAGCGCGCUUGUUGGAGCUAAUACUCGCGGUCUGUAGAUUUAAUGCGAUCAUGAUUCACAUUUCAAACAAGC